AUGACGAGUCUUGCCUCGUGGAAUACCCGGGGUCUCUGUAAUCUCUCCCACCAGAGAGCUUUAAGAGAUCUCAUUCGUGAUUCUAAUCUUCAUAUCUGUGCGGCUCUUGAGUCCCGCGCCCUUGUCUCUAAUCUUCCUCCUAUCUGUGAGAAAGUCUUUGGAUCUUGGUCUUGGACCUCUAAUGGCACUCUUUGCUCUAGAGGAACUCGUAUCAUUGUUGCUUGGAAUCCUGACCAUGUUGACAUGAUGCUCUUAAAUGCCACCGACCAAGUGAUGCACUUUCAGGCUAAGAUCUGGGAUUCCUCUAAGACUCUCUUCUUGUCUUUUGUGUAUGCGGACAAUUACCAUAUCGCCCGUCGUCAGUUAUGGACUUCUCUGAAGGGCCAUAAGCAUGUCGUUAAGGACACCCCAUGGUUUAUCAUGGGAGAUUUCAAUGUUGCCCUUGACCCGAAGGAUAGCUCUUCUGGCUUUUCGGGCCCCCCUCGUGGUAUGGAUGAUUUCCGCGAGUGUGUCCGUAACCUUGAGGUUGAGGAUAUCAACUUCAAAGGCCUCUUCUUUACCUGGUCUAAGAACCCUAAUGGCACGGGAGGUCUCCUCAAGAAGAUCGAUCGUGUCUUAGGGAAUUCCCUGUCCCUUGCUCAUUUCUCUUCGGCUUCUGUCAUCUUUCUUCCUUACCGGUCUUCGGACCAUUGCCCUGCGGUCCUUACCCUUCCCUCCCGGUCCCCUUGGAAGCCUAAACCUUUCAAGUUCCCUAAUUUUCUUACUCAUAAAGAGGCUUUCAACUCUGUCGUUGCCUCGAGCUGGAACCCUGACCUGUCGGGUUAUGAGAUGUAUAAGGUUUUCCUUAACCUUAAAAAUCUCAAAGGCCCUAUCCGUAAGUUCCUCAAAGAUCAGGGUAACCUGUUCUCCAAUGUCUCUAGAAUCCGGCUUGAGCUCGACAGGGUCCAGAUUGCCCUUGAUAGGGACCCUGAAAACGUGGACCUCCGAGAGGAGCACUGUGGGUAUUUAUCUGCCUAUAAUAGUGCCUGCCUUGAUGAGGAAAGGUUCCUGAAGCAAAAUGCCAAAAUCCAAUGGCUCCGUGAGGGAGAUAAAAACUCUUCGUUCUUACAUAAAUCGGUCAAGAGCCGUAUCAGCCGGAAUAAUAUUGCCACCAUCCAAAAUGCUGACGGUAUCUGGAUCUCUAAAGAGGAGGUUCCUGAUCUUUUUGUCUCCCACUUCCAGAAUUUCCUUCGGACCCCUCAUCCUUCUCUCCCCAUCCGUGAUCCCGCUUUUCUUUUUUCUAAAAAGCUUAAUGACGGUCAGGCUGCCUCGAUGCUCGUGCUUAUUUCCGACUCCGAGAUCAAGCAGGCCCUUUUCCAGAUUGGUGAUGACAAGGCGCCUGGUCCUGAUGGGUUCACUGCUAAAUUUUUCAAGGCUGCCUCGGAUAUCGUUGGCAAAGACAUGUGCUCUGCCGUUCGUGAGUUCUUCACGUCUGGUAAGCUCCUUAAGUCUAUAAAUAGCACUAUUCUUGCUCUCAUUCCUAAGUCUGCCCCCCCCGUCUUGGGUCACCGACUUCCGCCCCAUUGCUUGCUGUAA